AUGUACGCUGAAGAUUGGUUGGAUGAGGAAUAUCGUCGGGUCGAGCAGUUGAUUGAUUCACUGGGUGCGAUCAAAGCUAGCUUCGAUACUAUAAACAUAUACGUGGACAAAACCGACGAAACCAUAGCAAAAUCAGGUAAGGUUCUAAACCAUUGGGCACAGCUUCUGAGAAAAUCGGCAGAGAUAGCUACAGUUAUUGGCAGAUCAACAUGGUAUGGACUUGAUUAUGAACUAGAGAGUAGGCGCAAAGAAGAGUUGAAGCGAAUUGAGCUAGAGGAAGAACGUGAGCAAGCAGAACAAGAGGCAAAGCUCCUGCUCGAACAACAAACCGAAGCUGAGCGGGCGCAAAAGCUUGCGGAAAAGUCCAUGGUUGAAGACUCGCUACGUGCUCCGAAACGAAUGAGGCUUGGCCGCCCUGCUGGCUCAAUUCGAAGGCGAACGGUCGCGUUCACACCACAGAGACGAGCAAGCCUUUAUGACCCACACGCUCGACAAUAUACCUCUAAAUACAUAUGA